AUGGAAACUAAUAACGUUGCAAACCAACAACCACCAAUUGACUUAUUUCAUAAAGAUCCUUCUAGGCCUUCAUAUGAAGAUCUAGGGAAAGAACAAUGCGGCCAAAAAGAUGAAAAUAUUCACAAUUCCAAACUAAUGAAUCUUUAUUCAAUGAACAUGAAGAACGGAAUAUAUCAGAAAACGGCCGACUCUGCCUAUUCAGGUGAACGUGGACGCGGCACUUCGGAUGGCCUUCGACUCAUCACGGCGGCAUAA